AUGUGGUCUGCGAAUGAUUAUGGUAGCCUUGGAGUUACUAGUGACUCAGGGGGUGGAUAUAUGACAUCAACAUCAUCUAAUUCAAGCCAGAAGAAAGAUAGCAAUCAAGGCAGUAUUAUUCCUUGUACAUGCGCUGAAAUCAUGGCUGCAAGUCAAGAUGGCGAUAAAUGUACUUCUCCCUGUGGCAUGGAGCUAAGCCAGGUGUCUGUAGUAGGAAUAAUCCGAUCAGUAAAUGAGUCAAGUACACGAGUGGAGUAUGAGAUAGAUGACUACACUGGCCCUUACUUAGCAGUGAAAAUGUUCAUGGAAGACCAGGACAAUACACCAGCUAUUGUACAAUUUCUUCCACUCAGGGAAUUAUCUUAUGUGCGAGUUCAUGGUCACGUGAGAAUCGUAAACGGAAUAAAAAACAUUCUUGCUUUUCGAGUGAUAUUAUUGUCUGAUAUGAAUGAACUUACGGUUCAUAUUAUGGAGGUGAUUUACACACGAAUGUUGUACAUUAAAAUCAAAUACGAUGAAGAUAAUGAAACAAACAAUACUAUAUUCAGUGAAGAUGGAGCACAUAACACUACUGGUGCUAUCAGUAACGGUCUUACCGUCCUACAAAAUCAGAUACUGGCGAUAGUACGAACAUUUGUCGGUGAACGCGGAAUUCCUGUCUCACAGUUAAUCAAGAAAUUGCAUGGAAUCCCUGAACGACAAAUUAGAAGAGAUUUGGAUUUUCUGACUACGGAAGGUCAUGUGUAUUCAACUGUAGAUGAUAAUCAUUUCCGAGCUACUGAGGCAUGA